AUGUCUGGGUCUGAGGCGGGGCCCCCCUACGAGCGCUUGUCGCCCUACGGAUGGCUACAAACGCUGGGUGGCCACAGACUAUCUACAUUUGAGGAGUUUGUAUUUUUUUGUAACUCCCAAUGCAAAGCGCCGUACAAGCUUUCCGCUUUGGCGAAGCACACUAUCCGCUACGUCUCCGAGGACGUUGGCCGCUCCACACACCAAAUAACGAUUUCCGGGACAUUGCUAUGCAGCGCCUUAAAGCACACAAUUAUACCCGGGACGCUUCGCGAUGACGAGCUGGCCAGCAUAGGAGAGGACAUUUCAAGAGAGGUAAACAAGCACGUCGAUGCGGAGGCCCAGCCCGGCAUUGACGUGCUGAUGGCCGAGUCCAGGCGUCUGCUGUCUAGCUUAAGGUGCGAAAAAUCCGAAGAAUCCACGAACCUUAGUUUCAAUUCGUUAGAGCUCCCCAUGGAUGACUACGACUAUUUUCAGGAAUUGGAAAGCGUUAUCGACCCAGGUCCACUCCCAACGCAAAUUUAUACGCCCCCUCAUCACUGCAUAUACACCCCCGGAAACGAGUUUUACCCUCUGGUCCGCUCGCUCUCCCGCUCUCUUGACCCAGACCGGGUCUCCAGCCUCGCUUUUCACCUAUUCGCGCUUAACGACUCGGACACCCUAAUAAGGUACGACCGCAAGCCUUCCGCCCACGCGAACUUAUCGCCGCAUGAGCCUGGCUAUCUACUGCGGGACAUAUUGCUGGAAGGCUUUGGCCGGACAAUCCGCCCAGACACCGCCUCCCGGCUGCUUAACGUCUACCUCUGCCUGACGUACAUGACGAACGACUACGCCCACGGACUAGAGGCACUGAUACGCCUACAAGAGCUCCAAGAACUCCAAGAACUGUCGGCCCCGGAGAUAGAAGAAGGCGAGUUCGAGGAUUUCUUAACCUAUAGCACGCUGCUGAGCAUGGAGCUGCCCGUUGCAGUGUCCAUCGACGACGGACAUAGGCUUGUGGCCAGGCUGCCUCCGCUAGGUGCCCACCUGUACCGCGUAGCAUUCAAAAAUAUCCUCUUCACAAGCGAUAACGGCAGCUCCAAUGCAAUUGCAUUCUGGACAGAUGCCUCAUUUCUUUCGCGCCCGCUCGUUACGCUAUCAAUCGGCCCCUUAACGCUCGCGUUCCUGCCGCUACAGGUGCGCGUGCUAAAUGACCGAUCGGAAGGCGGAACCUUUCUGGUUGAAAUGCCCCAUGGCGAGCGCUUCGACCUGGAAAUUUUUGCCGAUUGCCCCGCAGGCGAGGGCACUGCACUCUUUGAAAAAUAUCGGCGCGUGCGCGUAUUCCUCAACGGCGUAGAAAUACUUUCGCGGGAGCUAUGCGCCGCAACCAAUCUUAUAGAGCUCGCAAUUUCACAGGCAGGGGGUGCGGAUCGGCUCCACCCCCUCAGCUGGACCCUCGCCGACCUGUCCCGCUGGCGCCAGGUGCUGUCCCAGUCCGGCGGCCCGCCCCCGAUAAAGGGGCUAGCCGGCCUGGUAGAGGCCUACCUCGUGGGCCUGCACCGGCUCUCCUACCACUACGGCGUGCUUCGAGGCGCUCCCGCCUCCCUCCCAAAGAUCCUAGCCAGCAUAGCCAAGCUGCUGGCGACGGACCCGCGCCUGGGCCACUCGCUGGGGAUGCUCGGGCACGACCCCGAGCUGCGCUUCAACAGCCGGACCUCCGCCGCCCUGCUGGCCCUGCUAAACCGAGCGGCCGAAGCCCCGAGCGGCGAUGCCCCGGUGCUCUCCCUGCUGCAUGCGCUGAGCGAGUCCCAGCUCUACGAGCUGCUGGCCCAGGCCCCCGCCCAGGGCGUGGCCGACCUGCUCUACGCGCUCUGCAGGCACGGGGGGCGCGUGGACGGCCUGCAGCGCGUGAUCAAAUUCGCCACGCCCAAGCUAAUCGCCACGCCCAAGCUCAAACUGCCCUCCGCGCCCUACCAGUUCGGCGCCAGCUGCUGGUACGACCUCUUCCAACGCGUCACAGACUGCGCCGCUACAGCCGGCCCCUUUUACGCCUCCCUCGUAAAACACGCCGUGCUACACAUAACCGCCGCGCUCGCCGGGCCCGCGGAGCACCGCGACGAAGCGUGCGCGGACGAGCUCUUCGAGGCCGUCUCGCAGCUGGUCGCGAAGACGCUCGACCUUUCCGUCCGACUCUCCGGAGGCCCGCCCGACUGCGUAGUGAAAGACCUGGGGUUGACACUCUGCACCUUCUACCUGCUGGUGGUCCCUGCGGCCCGCGGCGGCUCCGGCUCCGCCGGGGGCGACUCCCGGCUCGAACCGCCUCACGAAACGCAGCUCGUAAGGGCGCUCCUGAGCGUGUGGAACAAGCUCGUGGCAUGCGCCACGCACAGCAGCUCCCCGCUCUCGGGGCUCUGCGUACAACUCACACUGCACCUGUGCGACCACAUCCGCUCGCUCAGCUUCCACCCCGAGGUGCCCUGCAGGCUCCUCUGCGGCGCCAACUUCGUCCCCGAACUGGCCGCGGACUGCCCCGACGCCGACCUACACUUCAUGCCGCUAUUCCUGCUGGCGCUCAAAUGCAUCCGCCUCGUCUUCCCGCCCCCUGUAGUGGCCCAGCAGGACCCGCGCCUCCAGCACCACAUGCUGGUGACGCAGGUGAUCCCGCCCCCCCCCUUCCCGCAGGCACCCCAGGGGGCAGGGGGGCCGGCGCCCCCCGUGGCGCCCGCCGUCGGUCCCUUUCGCCGGGAGAUUGAAGAAGCUUCCGAUCAGCUGGCGUCCGCGGUGGGGGCCUUUGCUUACAGCCCCGAGCUCCGGCAGGUCCUGCAGCGCUACGGCAUGCGCCUGCUCGCAAAGGUGCAGGAGGUCAAGUCGCGCGCGGGCUCGGAGCCGCCCUUCAGGCUGGCGCUACCAGGACAAGUCGUCGAGUUCGGCAGCCUUUCAGAGCUGGAGCGCUAUUUCUUCGAUCAGAUCGGGCGCAGGUGCCGCCUGGCCUCCGCGCUACUAGCGGGCCAAACGGGCCAGGGCACGGGCAGCUCGCCCGUCCGCAAGAGAUUUUACCGCUGUUGGAGGUCCAACAGCCUGCCCUGUCUGUUGGAGCCAGCCUUCCCGGGCGGGCCCGGCGCGGAGGCCGCGGAGGCGUCCCCUCCCCCGGCCGCGGGGCCGGCUUAUGCCGCGACGGCCGGGGACCUGACGGAACUGCUGGACCUGUUGGUCUGCGGGCCCAGAAGUGAGGACAUCUUGCGGUCUGUCUACGCUCAGCAGCUGCGGUCGCUGCUGCUCUAUCUGGCCAUCCGCUCGAUGCUGGCCCUGGAGGCCUGCGACGCGGGCGCGGCCAGCGCCGCGACCCUGUUCAGGGCUGUCGCGGCCAGCGCCGUCCAAGCCAUCAACUCGGGCUGCACGCGGGGGCUGCAGCCGCUUUCGGCCGAGCUUACCGAGUCCCUGGGCCUGUGCGUUUCCAGGCUAUUUGCGCGCCUGUCUGCUUCGCCCGGGACCGCCGCCUCGCCGCCUGUUGUCCUGUUUUCUGCACUGCUUCUGGGUCCGUUUAAGGACGCGCGGAUGACCGCGCCGCUCAUAAAGCAGUUUUUUGUCGACGCGCCAUCCGCGGCCUGCGCGUUUCCCUUGCUCUGGAUUUUCCUGGUCGGGCGUGCCUCCCCAGGGGACCCGGCGGAGUGUCCCCACUUUGACGUCCAGAAGGCCAUGAUUUUGGGGGCGCUCCAGUACGUGAAGGCGCACGCGGCGAGCGAGGCGGCGCAGGUAGAGCAACAGGCAGCGCAGCUGCUGGGUGUUUCCCCCCAGCGCGACGGGUUUUCUACGCUCGAGUUUUCCCUGGCACUGAUGGAGGAGCUGCGGCGGAUUUUCGAGCGGGUAGGCAGCCUGGCGCUGGUUCGCUACCUGUUUGAGGCCAUUCUGGCGACCUUCGCGAUAGGCCCGCGGCACACGCGCGCGGUCUCUGCGAAGUUGGGCACGCCUCUUUCGCAGCUGCUGGACGCGGCCAUCCGCCGCCUGCACUUUUUGGAGCCGCAUCCCCUGGAACCGGCCUUCCCGGGCGAGGUCGGGGAAUGCGUCCGCACGCCGGCGCGCGGGCGCGGAGCCCCGGCCCCCGGGGCCGAGUCGCCCAGCCCCUGCGCCGGCAGCGUGGACCGCGUGCAGGGUGAGUACCUCUUCAACUGGUUGCCGGCGCUGGGCGCCAUACCCGACGAGCUGUUGUACUGCGGGCUUCGCGGGGAAAGGCGGUGCGUAUUUGGCGCCUCUGCAUCCGGCGGGGGCUUUUGCAUGGCGAUGCCCCAUCGCUUUCACCUGGAGGAGCGCUGCGCGGCGGCCAAUUUGGUGUGCAACAAGUACUUUUUGUCCCAGGGCCCGUCUGCCCGCUUUUACCCCCUUCUGGCGGGCCCUGCGGUCUGCGUGGCAGUUUCUGGGGGGUUGGGGGGCAUUGUCAUUUUCCCCAUUCCGUCGGGUUUUGAAUACCCCACAUUUCAGCAAAAUUUCGAGGGCGUCCAGACAUCCACGGCGGCCUUUACCAUUUGCACGGAGGGUCACUUUGGCGUCACCGUGGCGCCCGCGGACGUGGUGCUGUCCAAUGUCUCCGAGCUCUUCAACCGUAACGACGCGGUGGCCUUUGUGUCCGGCGGCGCCGAGGACGGUGCCUUUGACCGCUACGCCACAAACGUCUCGUUCAGCCGCGGAGAUGUUCUGGAGGCAAAUUUCGCGCUACACGCCGACACUAACGGGCAAUUCUGCCUCCGCACGGAAUUGGUCGUCGCCGGAAAUUCGAUCGGAUCGAUUCUGGAAGUGCUAUACGACCCGGAGACACAAAAGGACCCCUGCCGCAGAAUGUCCCUCAUUUUCAUCUUCCCCACGGUGCAGGCGCUUAUUUUUGAUGACUCCGCGCCAGGGCCCCCCGCCGGAGCGGCUUCUCUGCAUUCCUCCCCGCAGGAGGCCUUCCCCCCCGAUACGGGUUCAUACGCUGAUUCCCACCCCAUCGGGAUCGGCGGGGCCCAGUCGGCUGAAAUCGACGCCGGCCACCUAUCCGCGUUCAUGGAUAAAAUACAGCUCUACCAGUCCAUACUUGUCGUCGACUUUCGCCUUCUCGGUUCGCUUAAGGACAUACUGCUGCAGCGCUGGAUGGACUGUGAGAUGAUCACAGGCAGGGAAGGGAGGGAAGGGGAGGUCCCGGGCUGGGUGGCCGUGCUCGCCUGCGAUACCUCCAAGCAGGCGUGGGUAAGAGUGAAAAAUCUGCUUGCCAUACGCCUCGCCUCCGUCAGGGUCGGCCGCGACAUCUCCAGGCUGGCGCCCCUGCCGGCGCUGCCCUGGCUAUCCACCUCUUCGUGUGUCUCACACUCGCCGAUCUCGCGCUUGAGCGCAGCGAUGCUGACGGAAAUCCUCCGCCGCUUCACUGAGCCUGCCGUGGAGUGGUGGUCGCACCCGCUCCUUCUCAUCGUCCUCACGCUGGUUGUCAAAAGGCUUACUCCCUGCAUGGCCGCCCCGCGCGACUGCCAGGACCCGGAGCUCUUGGCUGCCGUGGCGGACAGGCUCUACUCCGUCCCCCUGGCCGCCGCCUGCCCCCCCUGCGGGGGCGCCGACUGCCACGAGCGCUACCACAGGGGCGACCUGCUCUGCGCGGAGGCCACGCUAGAGGAUCUCAACCUGCAGCUGUUGCAGGCAAUCCCCUGCCACAUGCGCCGAAAGCUUACGGCAGCGCAUGCAGCCCACGAUGAGCUGGCCGCCCGCUUCCUCACCCAGGCUCUCUCCGCCACCUGCGGGGCCGGAGGGGGGGGCGGCAUGGCGGUCUGGCGCGACUUUACCGCGUACUGCAUGGAGUGGGGAGAGGAAGGGAGGCGAGGGGGCGAGGAGGGGCUCCCUGACUUCCCCCCUCCUCUCCCUGGCUUCCUCGAGCGCUGCUCCGCCGGCGCGCCGUCGCACUGCCUGCUGCCCUUCCUGCUGUCUCUGCCCGGGGGUCGCCGUGGACGGGCUGGGGAGCUCAUCUCGCGCAGGGUCUCUGCGCUGGACGAGCAAGAAUUGAGGGCCCUGCCGCCGGAACUGGUCCGCGUCCUAGCGGACGCGGACCAGCGAGUAGCGGAGAUUGGGUUUGGCGUGGAGGACAUUGGCGCCCUGCUGGUCGAGUCUAUCGCGGCUUCCGGUCUUGAAAUCACCGCCAACUUUAACCUCAAGAUCCCCCGGCACUUUGAGAGGUACCGCAUUGCCCGGGGGCUCCACGAUCUGGCCUCUGUCUGGGUGCGCAGCGCCCAGGGCUCCCCCCCGAGCCUGGAGCCCGCGAGCAGCUCUGUGACCAGUUUCAGAAGGCUAGCGCUUUACCUGGCCAUCUGUGCCGGCGCCCCCGGGGGGCCUUCUUUCGGCGAGGCGGUGGGGGAGUUUGCACUGCCCGGGUUCCUGAUGGACCUGGUGCUGGGCAAGGGCCGGAGCUGCCUCGCCGGGUACGCCUGGGUCGAGCCCCUGAAAAUGGCCGUGGACUUUUUCACCCAGAGCACUCUGAGCGUCAACUCGGACCCGGGGUCCGAAGGCGAGUCCACGCUCGUUGACGCGAGGCUCCUGCCCGCCGACAAUCGGCUGCUGUCCGAGCUCUGGGCAGGGGCCAGCGGGUCUGGGCGCCAAGUGGGCGUGGCGUCCGAGUACUUGCGGGCCAACCCUGGGCUGGUGGAGCUGGUCAAUCUGCGCGGGGGCGAAGGUACUGAAACGCCGAGUUGUACGACGGGCACUCCGAUUCGUGCGGACACGCCGAGUUUUACAGGCACGCUGAGUUAUACGGACAUGCCGAGUUGUACAGGCAUGCCGGUUUGUACGGACACGCCGAGUUGUGCGGGCACGCUGAGUUAUACGGAUACGCCGAUUUGUACGAACACGCCGAGUUGUGCGGGCACGCUGAGUUAUACAGACACGCCGAUUUCACGCGUGGCCGACUCUAUCCGCGUGUUGCGGGCGAUCAACGCCUGCGCCGCCACCGCCAUUCCGCUAGUCGCGCCCCUCUUUUCCAACCCGCAUGUCUACUACUACCCCUGGCGUGGGGGCGAGGGCGGGGGCGGCGCCCACGCGUAUGUGGCGAUGGUAAACCCCGCGCACGGGGUCGACCUCCUCUGCUACCUGCGCGGAAAGCGGUUUUUGCUCAAGCAGACCACCGACGAGCUCUGGUCUAAGGGUUUUUUUUGCGCCAAGGCGCAGAACUACGGCGCGCCCUUUACCUCCAAGCCCUACUUCUCAAUUCGGGUCGACCGGACGUUGGUGGACGGGACGCUGCGUAACUCCCUUCUCUCCCAAUCGGUUCCGCAAAUCCUCUCCUGCGACCCGAGCAUGCUGCUCUCUGAUGCCACGCAAAAACCCUUCAUGGUAGUGUUUAAGGGGGAGAGGUCUACCGACUUUGGCGGGCCCUUUCACGAGUUUUUGUCGUCGCUGGCCGCGGAGCUCUCGCUCCUCUCUUCGGACGCGGGGGAGGGGGCGCUGAUGGAGCAGUGUCCCAACCUGGCGAACGCCCAGGGCGGAUACCAGGACACUUUGCUGUUCAAGUACACUCCGCGUAGCGCCUCCGUGCCCAUCCGCGGGUCUGGCCUGCCCUGCGACGUCUUGGACGUCCCGGGGGGGCCGGUUAGCGCCCUGUCCUGCUGGUUUGGGUGCUGCGACCUGCCCUCUUGCAGAAGCCUAACUGUCCUCGACGGGUGUGGCGGGGCGGUCCAGGAGGCCCCCGCGUGCAGGUGCGGGGGGUCCGAGGCACGGAACGCGCCGUGCGGGAUUCCCCUUCCGGAGGAGCUGCGGGUCUACGAGGCGCUGGGCAGAAUAUGCGGCAUGUGCGCCAGCAUGGGUAUCCCGUUUGGAGUUUUUUUCAACCCUAUGGUUUGGAAGAAGCUGGUUUUUGACACCCUGCGGGGCGAGGAUAUUGCGCUUUUUGACGAGGCUACGCUGAGUCACAUUUCGAUGCUUUCGCAGGGGGAUCUGAGGGAUUUGCGGUUUGAGGUGGGAGAGUCCAGCUCUCCGAACGGACUGGCGGAUUUAUUGCCUGAUGGGCAUGAGAUACCUGUGACAUGCGAGAACGUUGGCGAUUACGUCGAUCUGCUUAAGCUGUACAAGAUUAAUCAGGGGAACAUCGGCCUGACUUGGUUUUCCAAGGGCUUUGCUGCUGUGUUGCCUUUGGGAUACAUUAGACUCAUGUUGGAGUCUGGGGUGGUGGAAUAUAUGGUUUGUGGGGAUCCGGAGAUAGAUUUGGACGUGCUCAAGGGACAUACCUGCUCCUCCAACAGUGGACUGCUCAAUGAAUUCUUCGGCAUCAUAUCGGAGUUCACUAACGACCAGCUCAAACUUUUAUUGAGGUUCGUGUCUGGCCGAUCGAGAUUGCCGCCGGCACAUUACACUGACUGGAAGUUUAGGAUAGAGUACGAGGCGGAUAUGCCGAAUGCAGACGCCAGGCUUCCGACUAGCGCAACUUGCAACUUUAGGCUACUGGUGCCGAGAUAUUCAAGCGCGGAAAUCUUCAGGGACCGGCUCCUCUACGCUGCUUCGAACUGUAUCGCAAUUGACCUGGACGUGUAG